AUGUUCAAGAAACGCACGCGACCGCAAUCUGUGCGUAAGGCCAAGACUGAGGAUGAUGUGGUCGCGAGCGAAGCGUCUUCUGGGGCCGCUACCCCAACUGAAGAAGGCCAAUCCGUCCAGGAGAUGAUGGUCCUGCGCAAGCUGCGCCGGGCGGAGAAACAGGCCGGUAUCGACUUGGAGCGCUUCAACCGCGGCGAGGAGAAGGCUCCCAAGGCCCCCGAGAUCGAGUACGACAAGUUUGGGCUGCAUCCCUCCGUUCCUGAUGGGGAGGACGAGACUGCGCGCGCGGCGCGCAAGGUCAUGACCAACAACUUUACGCAGCAGACGAACGCUCUGGAUACGGACAAGCAUAUGAUGGCGUACAUCGACAAGGAGAUGGCUAAGCGCAAGGGCAUCGAAGAGACGGAGGAAAAGGUCGAGACAGAUCGGGAGGGUGCGCUGUACGCCAUUGCAGACCAGUAUAUGGGCGACAAGGGGGUUACGGAGGCCGAAGAGGGGACUAUGAAGAACUCGCUUGGGAUGUUGAGUGCUGUCCCAGAGGUCGACCUCGGUAUGGAAAACCGCCUGCGUAACAUCGAGGAGACGGAGAAGGCGAAGCGUGCACUGUUGGGUCGUAAGAAGGAGGCACCUGUUGACGACCCUCUCGCCAAUGUACGAUUCGCCCGCAACACCCAACCACGCGAAUCCGACAUCCAGCGCGAGAUGGACAACGUCCGUCGCGAAGCGCAGGGGUUGCCGGCCCGGCACAAGAAGGAGCGCCCGCAAGGUGCCGAAAGUGCGACCGAUGAGGCCGUGUACGAGCGCUUCAAGAAGCGCGCUCGGCGAUAG